AUGGCAUGCAAUAUAUCGAAAUAUUCAAACGGCUCUUCUAACAUAUCUGCAUCAUCGGUUAAAUCUGGUUUAUCGUUUGGAUAUUUGACACUUGGAUUUUCUGGCUCUGGUUUACUUGUAAAUAUUUUUAGUACUGACAAUGGUAAUGCUGCUACUGAAUCUGCUCCGAUAUUGAAGUCUGAUAUUAGUGAACAACUCUAA